AUGAGUGAAAUAUUAUAGUAAGAUGAAGAAAUUUAAUUAGAUCAAGAAAAUAUUAGAGGAUAUUUAGAUGAUGAAAUUCUAGGAUAGAUUGUAGAAUAAUAUUAGCAUUAAGGACUCACAAACUAAACAAUAACAUAAUAUACUUAGUUAGUAUCAAGAGGUUGCCAAUUAGUAAAUUUAAAUAACUUAUUAUUCAGUUGCAUCCAUUGUUACCAAAGCUACCGGACUAAAAAGGAGUAAAAUUUAUAAGUUAACAAGAAUUACUCAAUUUAGAUAAAACUUUGUUGGGACGACUUGAGAGUGAUUAGAGAUUCAGAACAUAUAGGGAGAAAAUUAUGAGAAAUACUUCUCAGUCCUAUGUGCGAAAAUUCAAUCUAACAGACAAGAGUCAAUCGGUUUUGAAUGACAGCUGCUGCUUGAAAGAAUAGAUUUAAUUUUAAUUGGAUCACAAUAAAACUUAGUUAAGAUAUUAGGAAGAACAGUAAAAGCAAAAUAUAAUGAGAACAACGUUCGCUAGAUCAAGAUCUUAUAAUCAUAAUAAGCUACCGAAAAUAAAAACAUAUCCUGCCAAAAUCGAUGAGGAAGGGUAAAUUAUGCCAGCCAUAAAAGCCAAAGUUAUACAGGUUCAGCAACCUGAAGAAGAGUUCACAAUUCCUACUCAUUAUUUAGGAUGGAUAGAUAUGUUCUACGGAAAAUGGAGACCUUAAAUGAGAGAAGGAGCUUCCUUGGAUAAUAUCUCUGGGAAGUUAUAUUUAUUUGGAGGAAUAAGUAGCAAACCAUUUAAUGAUGUUGUUAUUUGGGAUCAUAAGGAAUGGCUUCAACCUCAGGUAAUUGGAGAGAAAGCUCCUUUUGGUAGAACCAACCAUAUUCAUUGUGUAUAUAGAAGAAAUAUAUAUAUAUUUGGAGGUGAGAAACCCUAUGAUGGUUAACAGAAGAUAAGGGAGAGCACCAAUGACUUUAGAGUGUUUAAUACAGGUAAUUUGGUGAUAUAUGAAAUAGAAAAUAAUGAGUUCAAAGCCUUAAGAUUUGGAGGAGAGGUGAUUGAAGGGAGAAGGGGGGCAUCUGGAGCUAUUGUAGGGAAGCAUAUCAUUAUCCAUGCAGGAGUCAAUACCAAAGGGAAAUAUUUAAGCGAUUUAUAUCACUAUGAUAUUUUGAACAAUAAAAUGAUUUUAAGUUAGGUUGAGCAGAAUGACUUUUUUACUAAUGGGAUUGCUUUUCAUACGCUCAUCUCCGUUUUUAGUAGUUAAAGAAAUAUACAGAUUUAUAAGAACUACAUGGAUCCUGAGGAGAUGAAAGAAGUCAAAUAUAAAGUAGAAGGAGUGUAUUUGUUUGGAGGAGAAUCUAAGAUAGGAGCAUUGUAUUCUGGUUUAUACAUGCUGAAUCCUUGUACUCGUCCUAUGUAAUGGUCUUUGGUUUCUGGCAAAGGGUAAUUACCAAGUAAAUAUUGAUUUAAUUUCAUCUUAGGUAGUAGAUACAAACACUCUGCUUCUUAUUGUGAACGGUAGGGAAUUAUAAUUAUUUAUGGGGGGAUAAGCGAAUCAUCUUUAUUUUUAAAUGAUUGCCACAUUUUCAAAAUUGAAACUCAAUCUUGGAGCAAUGUUGAUUUAGAGUGCAAAGAAGGAAGAGCAGGUCAUUGUGCUGUGGUGGAUGAUCAUAAACUUAUGAUUUUUGGAGGCUAUAACGAAACUGGAUUUCUUAGUGCUGACUUUCAGAUUCUAGAAAUUGAUUCUAUGAUAGCUUAUCGAAAUAGAAGAUAAGCCAAUAUAUCGAAUCAUCUUGUAACUAAUCCUUUAUAACUAUCGACUACGAAUUAAAAUGUCAAAACAAAACAGUAAAAUUACACUGACAGAAUGAGUAAAAUCAGAGAAUAAGUUGCCAGUCUUUCUUAUAAUAUUAAAUCUUUCAUACCUAAACCUAUCAUUAAAUAGAUAUCUGCCAAGAAUCUCAAUAAAAUCAAUAAAGAAUAAAUGCUAUUUUCUUAAAGGUUGAAUGAGGAGACUUCCGAAUUAAUCAAAGAUUUUGAUUAUAUAGAAGAAAGCAAAGAUGAAAUGAAGACUUCUUCCAAGCUGGAUGGCUCUCCGAAUUCAAAUAAAAAACUUAGUGAUAGGCGCUCAAUUUCAAUUAGAAAUUUAUAACCAUUUUCCCAUUGA